AUGGGCCUCCUCGACCACCUGUGGGACGACACCGUCGCCGGCCCAAGGCCCGAUUACGGUCUCAGCAACCUCCGUAAACACCACACCUUCAAUUUCCGACCUAGCUCCGGCAAGGAACCGGAGAGCGGGAGCGUGAGAUCGGUCGGUGACGAAUCAUCGUCGGAGGAAACGACGAGAGUGACGCGUAGUAUCAUGAUCGUGAGACCGCCAGGGUACCAGAGUGGAUCGCCACCGGUUUCUCCCGCCGGUUCUACUCCUCCGGUUUCUCCAUUUUCGGGAGCAAAAGAUUCGUUUCGGUUUCGAAGAAGGUCGGCAUCAGAUGCGUACGAGAAAAAAGGACAGAACAGAUCAGUCCCUUCUUCUCCUUACGAUGUGUGA